AGACCCAACGUGGACCAGACAGAGAAGAGACAGGAGUGUGGGGUGGGGGGCACCAUAGAGAGACCCAACGUGGACCAGACAGAGAAGAGACAGGAUCGGGGGGUACCACCACAGAGAGACCCAACGUGGACCAGACAGAGAAGAGACAGGAGGGGGGGGGGGGGGGACCACCAUAGAGAGACCCAACGUAGACCAGACAGAGAAGAGACAGGAGUGUGGGGUGGGGGGCACCAUAGAGAGACCCAACGUGGACCAGACAGAGAAGAGACAGGAUCGGGGGGUACCACCACAGAGAGACCCAACGUGGACCAGACAGAGAAGAGACAGGAAAGGGGGGCCCACCAUAGAGAGACCCAACAUGGACCAGACAGAGAAGAGACAGGAGUGUGGGGUGGGGGAACCACCAUAGAAAGACCCAACGUGGACCAGACAGAGAAGAGACAGGAGGGGGGGGCGCACCAUAGAGAGACCCAACGUGGACCAGACAGAGAAGAGACAGGAUCGUGGGGUACCACCAAAGAGAGACCCAACGUGGACCAGACAGAGAAGAGACAGGAGGGGGGUAGAGGCUUAUUCAGAUAUAUAGAGAGGGAGAAAGCCAUAGAGAGAGGAGGACUACUCAGUCGGUUGUUUGAACAGGCGGGUUUCCAUGUCGACAACAAGUGGUCGGCACUUUGACCAUGCAGACAAAGCAAAGGAAAUGACCAUCCAGAGGUAUGUCAACUACAGUGCAUUUGGAAAGUAUUCAGACCCCUUGGCUUUUUCCGGAUUUUGUUACAUUACAGCCUUAUUCUAAAAUUCAUUAAAUAAAUGUUUUUCCUCAUCAAUCUACACACAAUACCUCAUAAUGACAAAGCGGGGGGGGGGUUUAGACAAUUUUACAAAUGUAUUAAAAAUAAGAAACAGAAAUACCUUAUUUACAUAAGUAUUCAGACCCUUUGCUAUGAGACUCGAAAUUGAGCUCAGGUGCAUCCUGUUUCCAUUGAUCAUCCUUGAGAUGUUUCUACAACUUGAUUGGAGUCCACCUGUGGUAAAUUCAAUUCAAUUGAGACAUGAUUUGGAAAGGCACACACCUGUCUAUAUAAGGUCCCACAUUUGACAGUGCAUUCUAGAGCAAAAACCAAGCCAUGAGGUCGAAGGAUUUGUCCGUAGAGCUCCGAGACAGGAGCUAUUGAAAGUCCUCAAGAACACAGUGGGCUCCAUCAUUCUUAAAUGGAAGAAGUUUGGAACCGCCAAGACUCUUCCUAGAGCUUGCUGCCCGGCCAAACUGAGCAAUCGGGGGAGAAGGGCCUUGGUCAGGGAGGUGACCAAGAACCCAAUUGUCAUUCUUACAGAGCUCCAGAGUUCCACUGUGGAGAUGGGAGAACCUUCAGAAUGACAACCAUCCCUGCAGCACUCCACCAAUCAGGCCAUUAUGGUAGAGUGGCCAGACGGAAGCCACUCAUCAGUAAAAGGCACAUGUCAGCCCACUUGGAGUUGGCCAAAAGGCACCUAAAGGACUAAGAACAUGAGAAACAUGAUUCUCUAGUCUGAUGAAACCAAGAUUGAACUCUUUGGCCUAAAUGCCAAGCGUCACGUCUGGAGGAAACCUUGCACCAUCCCUACGGUGAAGCAUGGUGGUGGCAGCAUCAUGCUGUGGGGAUGUCUUUCAGCGGCAGGGACUGGGAGACUAGUCAGGAUUGAGGGAUAGGUGAAUAGAGCAAAGUACAGAGACAUCCUUGAUGAAAACCUGCUGCAGAGCACUCAGGACCUCAGACUGGGGCGAAGGUUUACCUUCCAACAGGACAACAACCCUAAGCACACAGCAAAACAACUCAGGAGUGGCUUCGGGACAAGUCUCUGAAUGUCCUUGAGUGGCCCGGCCAGAGUCCGGACUUGAACACGAUGGAAUAUCUCUAGAGAGACCUGAAGAUAGCUGUGCAGUGACGCUCCCAAUCCAACCUGACAGAGCUUGAGAGGAUCUGCAGAAUAUAAUGGGAGAAACUCCCCAAAUACAGGUGUGCUAAGCUUGUAGUGUCAUACCCAUGCACGUGUUCUCAAGAGAAACAAAGUUAGAAUGUGCGUACUGUAUGUGUUUGCAUGUGAGCAUGUACAGUUGAAGUCGGAGGUUUACAUACGCCUUAGCCAAAUAUAUUUAAACUUUGUUUUUCACAAUUCCUGACAUUUAAUCCUAGUAAAAUUCCCUGGAAAUUCCCUGGAAAUUCAGUUAGGAUCACCACUUUAUUUUAAGAAUGUGAAAUGUCAGAAUAUUAGUAGAGAGAAUUAUUUAUUUAAGCUGACCACAUUCCCAGUUGGUCAGAAGUUUACAUACACUCAAUUAGUGUUUGGUAGCAUUGCCUUUAAAUUGUUUAACUUUUGUCAAACAUUUUGGGUAGCCUUCCACAAGCUUCCCACAAUAAGUUGGGUGAAUUUUGGCCUAUUCCUCCUGACAGAGCUGGUGUAAUUGAGUCAGGUUUGUAGGCCUCCUUGCUCGCACACGCUUUUUCAGUUCUGGCCACAACUUUUCUAUAGGAUUGAGGUCAGGGCUUUGUGAUGUCCACUCCAAUACCUUAAAUUUGUUGUCCUUGAGCCAUUUUGCCACAACUUUGGAAGUAUGCUUGGGGUCAUUGUCCAUUUAGAAGACCCAUUUGCGACCAAGCUUUAACUUCCUGACGGAUGUCUUGAGAUGUUGCUUCAAUAUAUCCACAUAAUUUUCCUUCCUCAUGAUGCCAUCUAUUUUGUGAAGUGCACCAGUCCCUCCUGCAGCAAAGCACCCCCACAGCAUGAUGCUGCCACCCCGGUGCUUCACGGUUGCGAUGGUGUUCUUUGGCUUGCAAGCAUCCCCCUUUUUCCUCCAAACAUAACAAUGAUCAUUAUGGCCAAACAGUUCUAUUUUUGUUUCAUCAGACCAGAGGACAUUUCUCCAAAAAGUAUGAUCUUUGUCCCCAUGUGCAGUUGCAAACCGUAGUCUGGCUUUUUUAUGGCCGUUUUGGAGCAGUGGCUUCUUCCUUGCUGAGCGGCCUUUCAGGUUAUGUUGAUAUAGGUCUCGUUUUACUGUGGAUAUAGAUACUUUUGUACCUGUUUCCUCCAGCAUCUUCACAAGGUCCUUUGCUGUUGUUCGGGAUUGAUUUGCACUUUUCACACCAAAGUACAUUCAUCUUUAGGAGACAGAACGCGUCUCCUUCCUGAGCGGUAUGAUGGCUGUGUGGUCCCAUGGUGUUUAUACUUGCGUACUAUUGUUUGUACAGAUGAACGUGGUACCUUCAGGCAUUUGGAAAUUGCUCCCAAGGAUGAACCAGACUUGUGGAGGUCUGCAAUUUAUUUUCUGAGGUCAUGGCUGAUUUAUUUUGAUUUUCCCAUGAUGUCAAGCAAAGAGGCACUGAGUUUGAAGUUAGGCCUUGAAAUACAUCCACAGGUACACCUCCAAUUGACUCAAAUGAUGUCAAUUAGCCUAUCAGAAGCUUCUAAAGCCAUGACAUUUUUUUCUGGAAUUUUCCAAGCUGUUUAAAGGCACAGUCAACUUAGUGUAUGUAAACUUCUGACCCACUGGAAUUGUGAUACAGUGAAUUAUAAGUGAAAUAAUCUGUCUGUAAACAAUUGUUGGGAAAAUUACUUGUGUCAUGCACAAAGUAGAUGUCCUAACCGACUUGCCAAAACUAUAGUUUGUUAACAAGAAAUUUGUGGAGUGGUUGAAAAAUGAGUUUUAAUGUCUCCAAUCUAAGUGUAUGUAAACUUCCGACUUCAACUGUACAUUGGCACUGAGCUCACAUCUCAUACCUCUUCCUGUCCAUAUGCUUGAAAGGCUGUUGUCAUGGAGACUGCAGGGUUGUGGGGGCAUAAGAGGGGAAUGUGAACAAUACUCUGUGGUGCCUACUGGAUGGAUAAUGAAGUUAUGGUGCUAUGAUAUGGUGUAGACACUCCAGGGACUCCAGGGACAAUGAGUCACACUGUGUGGUAUUACAUAAGGUGCAACACCAAAAUCAUGUUAGGCAUGGCUUUCUACACAUGUAGUCGGAGGAUAUAUACUGGAGGGAUAUGGAACGUUUGCCCAGACUUAUUCUCAGUGAUAAAAUUCUCUAAAUUGUUUGUUUUCUUGUUUUAAAAUGGGACAAAUGUUUUUUAUAUUAAUGGUAGGUGUUAACAGAAUGUAGAUAUACUGCAUCGUCUUUUUAAAUUAAAAACCCAUUUCCAAACUGUUGACAAUCUUAAAAAAUGUAAUUCUAUGGAAAUAUGGCUUCGGGGUGGGGGGGAGGCAAUUCUGUAUGCAUAAAUCUUCGCAUGGACAAUCAAUUAGGAGGAUUGAUCUCCUUUAUUAAAAUCCUGCCGUUAAUUAAGGCUGGCGUUAGUUUUAAUCAUGUGACCUUGCUUCCCACAGAUUAAAUGCAGUGAUAUAUGCAGCAUCUGAUGGCUGUUGGAUUCAUCUCAAAAACCACUUGGUAACACUUGGAAAAUAAUUUGACCAUCACUAACACAUUCAAUCCCCUUCAGCGGUUUGUGAGAGAAAAAUCUCCUUCAGACAGCUUGUUUUUCUUCUGCAGAGGAGAGAUGAAGCGAUGGAUAGAUAGAGUGUGUGACGCAGAGGUUCUUACAGCAUGUCAGAUAAAGAGUCACCUCAUUCCACCUUGGGGAUCUAAAACUACUCAAUACCUCCUACUUCACCACUCUAUAAACAGUCCUGUCAGAACAGGUGCUGAUGAAUAUCCAUUGGUUGAGAGACCAUUAACUAAUUAAGUACUAAUCUCAGACACUCUCUCAGACACUCUCUCUGAUUUGCCCACUAGCCUAUUUCCAGUCCAGUCUGUACCUGGCUGUGACUCAUGGGAGAUGUCUCCUAAUUGUGACCGACUGAUUAAAAACCUAUUUCCACAGAGGUUGUAUUUGGUCCUGAUCAUCAUGGGACUGAGUCAUGGGAAUUUUUGUCUUUCAGUUAAUUGGGUUUGUUUUGCAGUGAUAUGUGGUAUUGAGUAAUCAGACUGUAGUUGUGGCAGUACUCUGGCUGUGUAUUACAGAAGUAUAGAGGCCAUGUUAGUAUUGAGAGGCCUGCUAUUUCUUUGUAUCCAGGCUGAGAAGAAUGAGGGUAUGUCCCUCACCAUCGUGCUGGGCUCGGUUUCAUGGGGUUCUCUUUUUCUUUACUCCAAUUUAAAUGAGUUGUGUGUCUAAAUCUUCCACCCGCUUCUCCUUCUCCCUCUCCCUGUCCCCUCCAGACAUCUGGAUCCCUUUAUUCUUCUCUGCCUCCAUGUGUUUGUUUGUGUCCUCUUCUCUUUCACUUUCUUUCACCUUCUCUCACUCUUUCUCCCUUCCUCGCCUCCCUCCUUUUCUCUUCAUCACUUCAGCUUCCUUUACACGCUUUCACUCUAUCCUACCACCCACUCUAUCCUACCACCCACUCUAUCCUACCAACCACUAUCUCCUACCCGCUUUUCAUCCUCUAUAUAAUUCCCACCUUAUCUAUCUCCUCCUCUUUCCCUAGCUCUGUGUUGAUGACUCUUUAGCAGGGAUGGGCAAUUUUGAUGGGGGUGUGGGCCACAAAAAAUCUGAACUCAACAUGAGGGGCUGCAGUGGCUCAGGGUCCGUGUACUGACAUCUAUAGCCACACAUGCAGUCAGAGCCAGCCCUAGCCUUUUGGGGGCCCUAAAUCAAAUUUUGUUUAGUGGCCCCCCUAUUGACAGUGGAGAGAAAAAAAGUAACUUUUAGAGUAAAUUUCCUGCAAUUUUGCCAUGGGGGAUAGGGAAAACGUUGAAGUUUUAAAGCAAGUUUGCUGCAAUUCUACACCUUUUAUCAUAGGGUGGAAAGAGAUUUAGCAAUUUUAUAACUUUUUUCAUCCAAUUCUACAAAUUUAGCCAAUGUGGCGGAGAGAAACAUUAGUAGUUUUACAACUCAUUUCCUGCAAUUCUACACAUUUUGCAAUACACAAGUUUUUGAGCCGUUUCCGCUCUACUUCCUGAACUCCUCCCGUCGAUGCAAUCCACUUCCGUUCUGCUGGGCUGGGUUUGUUUUGCUAGCUAGCUCCGUUGUGUUGACAAAGCACUGAUAUCGCAGUGACAAAGAGGAUAUAAAAAUUACAAUUACAACAUGAAGAAAAGUGGUUCGGGAACGACGUGUGCGGUAGUUGGUUGCAAAAACUCGAGAAAGCACCUGAACGAGUGGUUAGAUAGAGAGUGCUACGACCACAAACCAGCUACGAAGAGGCAAUGUCCAUGCGCUCCAUUGUUUACAUUUUUUCGCAAGCCUGAUACCGACUCGGAAUCAAGGACCUGGCUGAAGGCAUUGAAUCUAAAGAAACCACCCCUCAACGUUUUUGUUUGUUCCUAUCACUUUGUUGACCAAAAACCUACCAAGGAUAAUCCUUUCCCAGAGUUGUGGUUGGGAUACAAUCGCCCUCCCCAGCCAAAGAGGCGUCAACUCACCCAGCGGACCACUGCCUCCCCCCAGAUAAAGAAACGCAGACUUGAAUCUGAGGGUAAGUUCAGCAACUUUAGCUAUGAAGCUGACAAUACUGUUAAUUAUGAAGAAGUUGUCAUACAUUAACAUUGCUACCGGUAUUUUGCUAAGGCAGUUGAUUGUUUUGGAGAUGGGACAAACAAUGCCCACGAUAGCUACAUCAUUAAUUGUGUGUGUGUGUGUGUGUGUGUGUGUGUGUGUGUGUGUGUGUGUGUGUGUGUGUGUGUGUGUGUGUGUGUGUGUGUGCCUGCCUGCGUGUGCCUUAGUCUACAUCAUAAAUACAAUGCAAGGUGGCAGGCUGUUGUGAUGAUGAUUUUGUGUGUGCGUGUGAGUGCAAUGUUGUAGUACACAUUUUUCCAUUGUGAUGUUUGUAGUGAGAGGACUCUAUACCUGCAUUAAUUUUGCUCCAUCCAUGUUUUCUCUUCCCCUUUUUAGAUGCUCCAGAAACCUGUCAGCCUGUCUGUGAGGCCGAGCCUGCUACACCAAAAUUUCGAGAUGCCCAGACCCAAUGGGAGGAUCCGUCACAUAUUGAUCACAUUUACUGUUCAACAACACAGUCUGUUAAAGUAGACAAGGCCACACAGUGCGAGGCAGAAAUGAGUCCUACUGUGACCAGCACCACGGUCAUUGAUGAUGCUAGGUCCCGGCUGUAUACAGGAGUGCUUAUGGUUCAAUUCUUCACCCUGGUGACGGUGUUGUUGCCUUUCAGUAAGCCAUCAAUUACCCUUCCUGUUGUUGACCAAAUACGUUGAUGAAACUAAAACUAAACCUAAUAUUAGGAGAUAUUGCUCAACGCUUCAAUGUGUCUACAUCCAUGGCAAGCAUUGUGAUUAGUCACUGGAUUGACGUGAUGGGUUAACAGUUCAAAGUCCUGAUCCCCUGGCUUCCAAGAGAGACCAUUCGUGCCACCAUGCCCUUGUCGUUUCAGAGGAACUACCCUCGAACCACCUGCAUCAUUGACUGUGCCGAAAGUGCCAUGCAGAGAGCCACAAACCACGACUCAAGGAGUGACACUUUCAGCCAGUAUAAAUCACGCAACACUGUGAAAUAUCUCGUCGCUGUGGCCCCUAAUGGGCUAAUCAUGUUUAUAUCUGAUGCCUAUGCUGGCAGAAGCAGCGAUAAAUGUAUCACCAUGGACAGUGGGUUCCUAGACUAUCUGAGGGCUGGUGAUGAGGUCAUGGCGGACCGUGGGUUCACCAAUCGAGACUUGCUUGAUGAGAGAAGGGUCAGUUUGAACAUCCCUGCUUUCACCUACAGGCGCAAUCAGUUGACCAAUGAGGAGACGACACGCACCAGGCGAGUAGCCAAUGUCCGCAUACAUGUGGAAAGAGGAAUCCAGAGACUGAAGGUGUUUAAGAUUUUAUCCCAGAAUGUUCCCAUCAGCAUGGCACCGAAACUGGACAACAUCUUAACCAUCUGUGCUGGCCUAGUUAACCUGAAGAGUCCACUGAUCAGUGAGGUUUAGAAUCUUGCCCUGUGUCCCUGUCUACCAACACCCAGCCAUGUUGUUCAUUAAAUACAGAUAAACACAACAAAUACUGCGUGCAUUGUAUUUUUUUAUAUUAUAUAUGAAUAUUUUCAUAGUGAUGUAAUUGUGUGGGCUGCUUUUGUAUUUUACUUUUUAAUACCUGUUAAGAUUAAACACGCAAUCUUUCUUGUUGAAGCCAUUUGUUUAGUUUCCUCAAAACAAUUAAUUAAUCCAGUGUUAUUUAUGUACAGUAUGAGCUUACUAUGAAUUAUGAACUGUGUUAAAAUAAAUUGUAGCACUCUAAGGAUUGAAAUUACAUCAAACUUUAUUUUCACUCAAACAGUAGGCACACUGAUAUAUUGCACAGCAUAAAGAGAUCAUGUAAACAAUGGACAUCUGUUGGCUCCUGUGGGCAUGACCUAAAUAAGGCAGUUUAUUUUGGUUUUAAAAUGCUGAGAUAUUUACUGCAGAACUGUAACCUUCCCUCAAAAAAAUCAUCAACAAUUUUCGGGAGCAUGUGGGCAAAGUAGAAUGUGCGCAGCCUUAUGAUAUGCCCCUGGACAAAGCCUUGGUCGUAGGGUACUUCGAUUUCUAGGUGCUCAGUUUUGUUCCAGAUCACCAACUUGGAGUGCUGAAGCCCUGUGCAGUGCAUCCCAAUUUGUACCUGCAUGUAGUAGCCUUUUGGACCAUUGCAGGCAAUAUGGUAAUCUACCCUAUCUCCGUUUGCCACAGUUGUGAUUUCGCAGUUCUUUGUUGCCAAAAAUUCUGUAAGUGACUUGUUUCCCAUCACAGGUGAUUUGAUCUCCAACAGAAUGUCGUUGUUUAUCACUCCAUCGGGAGAUGCUGCAAGCCACGGUUCCUUUUCGCACACCACUAAGCCUUUGGUUUCAAUGCUGUUGCCCAGAGUUUCCAAAUAGUCCCUUGCAAGUUCCUCCCCCUCCGCUCCUUGACGGGUUGCGGCAUUGCCACGGAAGGAUGGGUGUAAGUGUUCUGACAAAAACUUGUCAGGCGCCGUGGUUGAGCGAAUGGGCACCUUUCUAGCUGUAGUAGUAGUAGAACCGUGUUCCCAAGCUAGCGUCGACAUCGCUGUGUUGACACCGGCAGACGUUGUGCAAACAACUUCCGGCGGGAAUGAAAUGCAUUUGUGUAGAGUUAUGGCGCCACCCGGGAUACAGCGCGUAAACUUGUGUAUAGGGUGGAGAGAAAUGUUUGCAGUUUUUAACAUAUCAGUCGGUAAUUCGACCAUGAUUACAACACGUUUAGAUAGCUGGCUAGAAUAACUUACAAAUCCAAAAAUGUUUUGCUUACAUGGGCUAAUUGAGUGACUGUCAGUGACUGACCUAACAAGGGAAAAACUGCUGAUGCACAACCCAAUUUCGGUAUUUUAAAAAACAUAUUUGGGGGGGGGGGGGGGGGCUUGUAAUUAACUGAUGUUAUUCAGGUUGUUCUCUGUGCUCUUCUUCAUGAUUACUGGUACAGUGUGUGUGGUGUGUGGUGUGUGGUGUGUGUGUGUGUGUGUGUGUGUGUGUGUGUGUGUGUGUGUGUGUGUGUGUGUGUGUGUGUGUGUGUGUGUGUGUGUGUGUGUGUGUGUGUGUGUGUGUGUGUGAUUGUGUGUGUGUGUGAUUGUGUGAGUAGUUAUCUGCAGGAAGGGCUUUCUGAGAUGUGCGUAUGUUGCACAGUUUUAUGGUAAGGAGCCUGUCAGUAUCCAUAAUAUAAACCUAUUCAGUCAGGCAGAGUGUUGUUUGAUCACCAUAAACACACAGAACAACAAGCCACCACAUACACAUUCAGUGAAGCUCUCCUUACCAAUGUUUGUUUAUGUGGGAGGAGGGUUAUGCGUGCACUUUGCUGGUUUAUACAGUGCAUUCGGAAAGUAUUCAGACCACUUGACUUUUUCCACAUUUAUUACAAUACAAUCUUAUUCUAAAAUUGAUUAAAUUGGUUUUUUCCCCUCAUCAAUCUACACAAAAUACCACAAUGACAAAGCAAAAACUGGUUUUUAGAAAUGUUAGCAAAUGUAUAAUUUAAAAAAACCCUGGAAAUAUCACAUUUACACAUAUAUAUUCAGAUCCUUUACUCAGUACAUUCUUGAAGCACCUUUGGCAGCGAUUACAGCCUCGAGUCUUCUUCUCAGGACCAGGUUUUCAUCAAGGAUAUCUGUACAUUCAUCUUUCCUUCGAUCCUGACUAGUCUCCCAGUCCCUGGCGCUGAAGAACAUCCCCACAGCAUGAUGCUGCCACCACCAUGCUUCACCGUAGGGAUGGUGCCAGGUUUCCUCCAGACGUGACGCUUGGCAUUCAGGCCAAAGAGUUCAAUCUUGGUUUCAUCAGACCAGAGAAUCUUGUUUCUCAUGAUCUGAGAGUCCUUUAGAUGCCUUUUGGCAAACUCCAAGUGUGCUGUCAUGUGCCUUUUACUGAUGAGUGACUUCCGUUUGGCCACUCUACCAUAAAGGCCUGAUUGGUGGAGUGCUGCAGAGAUGGUUGUCCUUCUGGAAGGUUCUCCCAUCUCAUCAGAGGAACUCUGGAGCUCUGUCAGAGUGACCAUCCGGUUCUUGGUCACCUUCCUAAGCAAGGCCCAUCUCCCCCCGAUGACUCAUUUUGGCUGGGCAGCCACCUCUAGGGAGAGUCUUGGUGGUUCCAAACGUCUUCCAUUUAAGAAUGAUGGAGGCCGUUGUGUUCUUGGGGACCUUCAAUGCUGCAGAAAUGUUUUGGUACCCUUCCCCAGAUCUGUGCCUCGACACAAUCCUGUCUCGGAGCUCUACGGACAAUGGCUUCCACCUCAUGGCUUGGUUUUUGCUCUAGAAUGCACUGUCAAAUGUGGGACCUUAUAUAGACAGGUGUGUGCCUUUUGUAGUGUUGAGUCAAUGCUGUUAAUUAUUGCUGUGAAACAAAGAGUCCGCUUAGGCUGUACUUUGAUUAUAAGUUUUAUUUAUAUCACAAGAUUUCAGCAUACGUUUACAGACGCCUGCAGUGUCUGGAGAACAGUGUCCAAAAAUAAUAUGUCUGUUCUAACGUCCUUUGUCUCUAGCCUAUACUUAUAAGAUAUGCAAAAAUAUGGGUGGCUCCCUCUACUGUCCAAUCACCUGUCUCCAACGAACAGGGGUGUCACUACAAAAUGGCUCCCUCUACUGUAAACAUUAGCAACGUCAUACCUCUUCAUAUACCAUACUUUCCAAAUCAUGUCCAAUCAAUUGAAUUUACCACAGGUGGACUCCAAUCAAGUUGUACAAACAUCUCAAGGAUGGUCAAUGGAAACAGGAUGCACCUGAGCUCAAUUUCAAGUCUCAUAGCAAAGGGUUUGAAUACUUAUGUAAAUAAGAUAUUUCUGAACCUGUUUUCGCUUUGUCAUUAUGGGGUAUUGUGUGUAGAUUGAUAAGGAUUAUUAUUUUUUAAUCCAUUUUAGAAUAAGGCUGUAACAUAACAAAAUGUGGAAAAGGGAAGGGGUCUGAAUACUUUCCUAAUGCACUGUAUGUGCAUCAUUUUAAUUUAUUUAUUCAAUUAGUGCCCGUGUUCAAACCAUGUUGCAUGUCUGUCUGUCUGUCUCCAUGACAACUAGAAAUGACUAAAACAUCACACAUUGUGACAGUGAGUGAGAGAGAGGUUGAGGGAGAGAUUGGUGAGAGGGAUUGAAGGAUUGAGAAAGCAUAUCGACCAAGAGGUCAAGUGGAAAUGAAAACAAGUGGAGGAGUAGAAUAACAAAUAUUGGAAGAGAGGUGGACCAGGAUAGGGCAGUCUUUUUAAGAAUUUGCCGGAUUCACAGUAAUCACAGUAAAUUAACUUCACAUAGUGAGAGUGUGAUAAAGAAAUAUCUCGUAACAAAGUUAGUGAGGAAUGAGUGUCUUUGUGAGAGUCUGUGUAGUGAGUGUGUGAAGUCUGUCUCCUGUAGAAGAGCCCUCUAACGUGUAUGCUUCAUCAUCUCAUAAUCUAUCAUCCAGAUGAUCAUAAACCUGUAGACUGUGCUCUUCAUCUGCAUGAUCAGUGUUGGUACUGAUAUGUGAUCUGAAUUCACUGACAUCAUCAUUUAAUCAGUUCAAGUAAUGAGCAGAGGACCUAACCCUCUAAUAACCAAAACACAAUUUGUGAAGUUGAUCAAAUGUAAGGAUUACAUGGAGGAUCCAAAAAAAGAUCAAGAUUCAAUGCAAGCUGUACUGCAUAAAGGGAUUCAACUGAUAAAGAAAAGCCUAUCCAGCAAGGGUGUUCAGGAUGGUUGAGUGGUGAUUACACAGUGUGUUAAGGGUCCUAUUACCAUGGAGCUGCCAGCAGGAGCUCGGCACUCAGGACCAGCUGAUUCAGCUGUAAGGGGAUUGAAGCUUUGGGCAGAUUCUGUUGGAAUUAUGUAUUAUACCCGUGAGGUACAGACAGACAAGGACACUCAAUGUGAUGCAGUAAGAUCUGUGAAGUGUGGCUCAUUAGAAGUUACAGGUGGGAUUUGUCAGUACAGCAGUAAAUCAGUCUCUUCAAUCUGAAUGAUGGAGGGCUCAGUGUCUCCCUCUGUGAGUUAAAAUGUAAAACAUUUAACCUCUUAAGGAUCUGACCCUUUUUUUUUCAAUUUUCGCCUAAAAGGACAUACCCAAAACUGCCUGUAGCUCAGGACCUGAAGCAAGGAUGUGCAUAUUCUUGAUACCAUAUGAAAGGAAACACUUCAAAGUUUGUGGAAAUGUGAAAUGAAUGUAGGAGAACAUAACACAUUAGAUCUGGUAAAAGAUAAUACAAACAAAAAAACAUGUUUUUUAAAAAGUUGUUUUUAAUCAUCUUUGAAAUGCAAGAGAAAGGCCACAAUAUAAGAUUGCGGUUUAGGUGCAAUUUAGAUUUUGGCCACUAGAUGGCAGCAGUGUGUGUGCAAAGUUUCAGAUUGAUCCAGUGAAGCAUUGCAAUACUGGACUAUUUUGUAUCAAGUCUGCCCAAAUGUGCCAAAUUGGUCAAUUGAUACAUUUUCAAGUACAUAACUAUAGAGAACAUACAAAAAUGAUAUGGUAAUACAAAAUGUAAGUUUACACACUCCCAGGAAUGUCAUACAUGAUGGAUCAUUAGCUUGUGCACUAACUUUCACACAUCUAGAUGGCCGGGCGGGGUGGGUGUGGAACCAGAAACUGCAGAACCCAGUUCCUUCAUUUGAACAUAAAAAUUGAUUUUAUCAAACAAAACUAUGCUACAUUUUAUCUCUGGAUAAAAUGUCACCCUUAGGAUGUCACCCUUAGGAUGUCACCCUUAGGAUGACAAAUCAGAGCAAGAUUACUGAAUGUAAGUACAUUAUUUAGCUUCAGAGGUGAAUGUAUCAAACCAGUUGCCUAAAACGUUUUUUGUUGUUGUUGUGCACUCUCCUCAAACAAUUGCAGGGUGUUUUUUCACUGUAAUAGAUACUGUAAAUUGGACAGUGCAUUUAGAUUAACAAGAAUUUAAGCUUUCUGCCCAUAUAAGACAUGUCUAUGUCCUGGAAAGUUUGCUGUUACUUACAACAGUCAUGCUAAUCACAUUAGCGCACGUUAGCUCAACCAUCCCGUAUACGGGACACCAAUCCUGUAGAGGUUAAAAUGUAAUUACCACCACUUCCUCUGCAACAGUCUCCCCUUCUUCAUUUGUAUGUCCCUCCCUCGCACCCUUUCUCAAAUCCUGUGUGUGUGUGUGUGUGUGUGGUUUAAAUAUUUCCCCAGUAUUUUACAAUUGUUCCAUCCCAAGAAUAAACCACUUUUCUCCCGGGUAACUCGUUAUUUCCUGCCAAAACUGGAAGUGUCCUUCAAAAGCAUUAUAAAGCAUAUAAAUAGGCCUAUGUGUGGAUUUGAUUAGAGCUUUGAUCAAAAAUUCAAGCCUGAUGCUAACUGAGCCAUACAUUAAAUACAUUUUAUGAGCGUGACAUUAAAGAUAUUUAAUGAGCCCAAUCCCAAAAAAGCCCAAAAGUUUGGCAGCUUUUGAUAUAUGAUAUAGGCUACUGCACAUUACGCACAACAUAAAAACAUAAAAGCCCAUAGAUGCAGCUAGCUAUAUCCUCUCUUGGGUAAAUAAAUGAAACUCGCUCCAGUAAGCUAAUAUUUUUGAGUGUGAACUGUAUUACUGUACUGUAUUGUAUUAUACUGCAUUAGAUGGACUGGAAUUAUGCACAUCGUUCAAACCAUGAUAAAGUAGGUAGAUAACAUGUGAUUCUGGUGCAGCACAUGCGGCCUACAAAGUUACAAGUAUAGGCUAGUGAAUUUGAAUUUUCAAAUAUAAUAGGACCUAUUUGUAUAAUUAGUAGGCUGAUGCAUAUAUGCAUUUCAUAAUAUUUCCCCUAAUGUUAUUAGCCUACCUCCUCUUUCUCUCUCUAUUGUUGCUUCAUUCCUUCCUCGCUUUCAACAGCAUAGUCUAUUGGUAUAAGAAAUGCUCAAAUGUUUAUGUCCAGCAAGCUAUUCUAGUCUAGCUUUUCCUGCAUGGGACUCCAAGAUCUAAGGAGCGUUUUUUUAAGGAGAGAGGUCAGCGGAGCACAGGUGUGUGCAUAUUGCGGAAGAAACAGAGGACAUAAGCUUAUUAUGCAUAACCCAUCAUUAAUUAGCUAAACAUACAGUAAGGCUAAUACUGCAUUGAAUGUAUUACCUGAAAGAGGUAAGCUAGGACAUCUAUAUAUAGGGCUAUAUAUCAAUCUAGAACAGGAUUAUCUAUUUUGGUGUUGAUGGAUAGAGAGAAAGAGUGCAAGAGAGUGCACGAGCGUGCAUGGAUUUAAAGCAUCGAUAUUCGAGUGAUAGGCUGUUUUAAAACUCUGCAGCUGCAAUUAAAAAAUAUAUAUCUUUACAAUUAAAAAAUAAGGUGACUCCCGAAAGCCAGAUGGAGAUGGGUAAAUUAGAGGCGCAUUCAGUCUUUAUAUUAAUGUAGAGUGAGGGAAAAAGGUAUUUGAUCCCCUGCUGAUUUUGUACGUUUGCCCACUGACAAAGAAAUUAUCAGUCUAUAAUUGUAAUGGUAGGUUUAUUUGAACAGUGAGAGACUGAAUAACAAAGAAAUCCAGAAAAACACAUUUCACAUUUUUUAUUUUUUUAUUUGCAUUUUAAUGAGGGAAAUAAGUAUUUGACCCCCUCUCAAUCAGAAAGAUUUCUGGCUCCCAGGUGUCUUUUAUACCAGUAACGAGCUGAGAUUAGGAGCACACUCUUAAAGGGAGUGCUCCUAAUCUCAGCUUGUUACCUGUAUAAAAGACACCUGUCCACAGAAGCAAUCAAUCAAUCAGAUUCCAAACUCUCCACCAUGGCCAAGACCAAAGAGCUCUCCAAAGAUGUCAGGGACAAGAUUGUUGACCUACACAAGGCUGGAAUGGGCUACAAGACCAUCGCCAAGCAGCUUGGUGAGAAGGUGACAACAGUUGGUGCGAUUAUUCGCAAAUGGAAGAAACACAAAAGAACUGUCAAUCUCCCUCGGCCUGGGGCUCCAUUCAAGAUCUCACCUCGUGGAGUUGCAAUGAUCAUGAGGAAUCAGUCCAGAACUACACGGGAGGAUCUUGUCAAUGAUCUCAAGGCAGCUGGGACCAUAGUCACCAAGAAAAAAAUUGGUAACACACUACGCCGUGAAGGACUGAAAUACUGCAGCGCCCGCAAGGUCCCCCUGCUCAAGAAAGCACAUAUACAGGGCCGUCUGAAGUUUGCCAAUGAACAUCUGAAUGAUUCAGAGGAGAACUGGGUGAAAGUGUUGUGGUCAGAUGAGACAAAGAUGGAGCACUUUGGCAUCAACUCAACUCGCCGUGUUUGGAGGAGGAGGAAUGCUGCCUAUGACCGAAAGAACACCAUCCCCACCGUCAAACAUGGAGGUGGAAACAUUAUGCUUUGGGGGUGUUUUUCUGCUAAGGGGACAGGAUAACUUCACCGCAUCAAAGGGACGAUGGACGGGGCCAUGUACCGUCAAAUCUUGGGUGAGAACCUCCUUCCCUCAGCCAGGGCAUUGAAAAUGGGUUGUGGAUGGGUAUUCCAGCAUGACAAUGACCCAAAACACACGGCCAAGGCAACAAAGGAGUGGCUCAAGAAGAAGCACAUUAAGGUCCUGGAGUGGCCUAGCCAGUCUCCAGACCUUAAUCCCAUAGAAAAUCUGUGGAGGGAGCUGAAGGUUUGAGUUGCCAAACGUCAGCCUCGAAACCUUAUUGACUUGGUGAUCACAGACCUCUGUGAUUGCCAACAAGGGUUUUGCCACCAAGUCCUAAGUCAUGUUUUGCAGGGGGGGUCAAAUACUUAUUUCCCUCAUUAAAAUGCAAAUCAAUGUAUAACAUUUUUGACAUGCGUUUUUCUGGAUUUUUGUUGUUGUUAUUCUGUCUCUCACUGUUCAAAUAAACCUACCAUUAAAAUUAUAGACUGAUCAUGUCUUUGUCAGUGGGCAAACAUACAAAAUCAGCAGGGGAUCAAACACUUUUUUCCCUCACUGUAGACUAUGCUGCAGCAAAUGUAGGCCUACCUGUUACAAGAAAGUAAGUUACCAUGAUGAGAUAGAUGAUGGGUCUACAUACAUUGUGAACUGCGCUCCAUACUGAGAUGGGCUGUCUAUCCCCACCCUGAGCGUUGAUGAUUCAUCAUGCAGAGGCCAUAGAGAAGCCAGAUUUAUACAUCACAUAUAAUUUAACAGUUCCAUUUCACGCCAUGCUGUUCAUAUACAGAAUUUAUUAUAAUUUACCAGUUUCUAGCAGUUAUUUAUCCGGAAAAAGGGAGUGGUUUUGGGCGGUAAAUCCCGGUAAAUCUCGGUAACCGGGUUCCCGCCAUUCAGCCCUAGUAUGUGUGUGUGUGUGUUUGUGUGUGCAGUUUCCUUCUCUUCAAGAGAUUCUUAGGUACUUUUGUAUACUUUUUAGGCAGUAGUUCUGAAAGUAGCGCUCAAGAGCCAAAAGUGGUCCCCGAAAAUUGCGUACUACGUCAUUACUCUUGCUCUCUCUCGCUCUACUGUGUGUGCAUCUUGCUAGCUGUCACUCAAUUGGCAAGUGGCUGAAGCUCAUUGGCUAGAACCUGAAUUACUAGGGGCUGGCACAGGGGGGGGGAAAUGUAGGGGAAAUGGGGCAGCAUAGCUUCCAGAAAAACAGUUGCUUUAAAACAAGGGAUUUUGUGGCUAAUUGAGGUAAAACAGUAAUUCUGCUCAUAGAUUAUGCAUGUAUGAACUACACAUUGACACAUCCAGCCCAAAGUGUGUGUGUGUGUGUGUGUGUGUGUGUGUGUGUCUGCUUGCAUGUGUGAUUGGGUGAUGAUCGACUCCAUUCCUGACAUGCAAGAGUCUGUGUUUCGAAAUAGCGAUGUGUACUUGUGGGUGUGUUAGUUCUGAGAGGAGCACAUCUGUGUAUGUUUCCUAGUCUCCUCCAGUGGGCCAGAGGCUGUCCCUCCCCCGCCCCCUCCUGAGAGGAUGCCAGCUCAUCACAUCAUUAAUCCAACAUCCAUCUCUCACUGGUACCCAAAACACAAAGUUACCAUCAGUAAAGUUCCCCAAGUCCAUGAUGGGGAGACCAAUGUCAUACCUCUAAUCCCUCCUCCCUCCUCUUCCUCCAUACAGUCUCCUCUCUUCUGAAAACCUUCUCCCCUGCUUCAUUCCCGUAUUCUUCCUCUCCCAACAUCAUCCUCCCCUUUUCCUCCUCUCAUAUUGAACUCCUCUUGCCAUGCCUCCAUUACACCUCUCUCUCUGCUCUCAUAAUCUUCUCUAGAAUUAUUCUGUAGGCUUCUCUCAAUUUUUCAUAUGUUUCGCUGUCUGACUCUCUCACCACCGAUACAAAGAUUAGUAGCGAUAUGGGGUAGCUUUAAAGCUUAUUCUUUAUGGCAACUUUGAUAGGAUGUACUGUGAAAGAAACUGUGAGGUCUGUGAUGUUUAAACGAUUAUGUAUCUGUGAUAUUUUGCGCUAGUCUCCUGUUAUUUAUUUACAUAAACACACAAUUAAUCUCUAUCUUCCUCCCUCCCUCACAUACCCACUAAUUCCCUCCCUCCCUCACAUACUCACUCAUUCCCUCCCGCCCUCUCUCUCUCUAGACAAGAUUGAUGAUGAGUUGGAGAUGACCAUGGUGUGUCACAGGCCAGAGGGUCUGGAGCAGUUGGAGGCCCAGACCAACUUCACCAAGAGAGAGCUACAGAUCCUCUACCGAGGCUUCAAGAAUGUAUGCACAACCACCUCCCUCCUCCUCCCUUCCACUGUCUGUCUAUCUUCAUCUUCUUUGCUCCUCUAUCUCUCUCCCUGUCUUUACUCUGCUCUCUCUCUCCCUGUCUUUACCCCGCUCUCUCUCUCCCUGUCUUCACUCCGCUAUCUCUCCCCCUGUCUUCAUGCCGCUAUCUCUCUCCCUGUCUUUACUCUGCUAUCUCUCUCUCUGUCUUUACUCUGCUCUCUCUCUCCCUGUCUUUACUCCACUAUCUCUCUCCCUGUCUUUACUCCGCUAUCUCUCUCCCUGUCUUUACCCCGCUAUCUCUCUCCCUGUCUUUACCCCGCUAUCUCUCUCCCUGUCUUUACCCCGCUCUCUCUCUCCCUGUCUUUACUCCGCUAUCUCUCUCCCUGCCACUCUUAAGUAUACAUUCCUGCUUAUGUUGCCUCUCUUCUUUACAAGUGUUAAUGUCAAAGCUCUCUUCUCUCUCAUCUCUGACUCAGUUAUGUAAAUGUUUUCAGCCUCGUGCCUUCAUUACUUCAUAUGCUGCUAAUCAGAUUGUACAGGCCUGCAGCUAGAGGAACUAAGCCUGUCAUACACCAUAACAACAAUUACAUGCUGCAUUAUCCAUAUACACCCAACAGGAAAAUAUAUGAAUAUAUGUAAACAUAUAUUCUCUACACAUGAACAUGCUAAGAUACCCACCUACACAUUGACACCCCCCCCACAUACAAGUUCUAUGCAAAUUGCUAGUUAAUUGCUAGUUAAUUAGCUGUUAGAUUUGAUUGACAUGUUAACUCUGUAACCAAGGGUGGUGCCAUUCGAGUGUAAAUGAUUGGUUGAUCUGGCUGCUAACCAGAAGAAGCUGCAUUAUUUUGUUGCUUUAAGUAAUGUUUUCACAUGGUUUCCACAGGAGUGCCCGAGUGGAGUGGUGAAUGAAGAAACAUUUAAACACAUCUACGCCCAGUUCUUCCCCCAUGGAGGUACAGUAAACCAGACACCUCUCAUUUAGAUACAUAACAUGCCCUUUCUCGUUUGCGACUCAUUUUCAAGCACUAUGGGAUAAAAAAAAGAUCUCAUGCCUGUAUCUGGUUGUGUUGCAGAUGCCAGCACUUACGCGCAUUAUCUCUUCAAUGCGUUUGACACGACAAGCAAUGGAUCCAUCAAGUUUGAAGUACAAACCACACACCACCACUAUCACUCAGUGAAUGCUUUAAAUUAAAAUGUGUUUAUCUUAUUUGUACUAGUGUUAUUACUUAGUAUUUUCUCUUUAAUCUCUCUCCCUAUGUGGUGACUCACUCAGGAGUUUGUAAUGGGACUGUCUACGCUGCUGCGGGGCACUCUGAGAGAGAAGCUGGAGUGGACUUUUCAUCUGUACGACAUCAACAAUGAUGGCUACAUUAACAGAGAGGUCUGUGUGUUCAUUUACAUGUCAGUUAUAUUGAAAUAUUGACAUAUGCUGUACUUAUUAAUACAGUGUUUGUAUUUCUGUUUUACAGGAGAUGACUGAGAUUGUGAGGGCCAUUUACGACAUGAUGGGGAAAUAUACCUACCCUGCACUCAAGGGAGAUGUCCCUAAACAGCAUGUGGAUGCUUUUUUCCAGGUGACUUUACCCAACAUCAUACAGUACAAUCUAAUACCAAAACAGAUGCUUACUGUAGGAGGUUAUGAAACCCUAAGGAGUGCACAACAGUUUAGACCACAUAAUAACAAUUUCAUACUUACUGAAAAAAUAUUUUAAAUUUCUCUCACUUCUUCCCUCCCCACAGAAAAUGGAUAAAAACAAAGAUGGAGUUGUGACUUUAGAGGAGUUCAUUGUCGCAUGCCAGGAGGUGUGUAUAGUACAGGCAUAUGUUUAUACAUUCGAUAUUGCUGUUGGUGUCUAUGUAAGAUGCUAUCCUUAUUUUAUGAUAGGCUUUGAGUUCCAUCAUUGCCCCCUAUGGCUUACAUUAGGGAGCCCUCUGUCUGGCUUGGUGUGAAGUGGUGACAUCUUGUGGUGAAAUGGUGACAUAUUGUGGUGAAAUGGUGACAUCUUGUGGUGAAACAAAUUAGUUGCAACAUUCUGUCACCAUCUUUCUCCUCUUCUCCCCUCAGGAUGAAAUGAUGAUGAGAUCCAUGCAGCUCUUUGAAAAUGUGAUGUAAAAAAGGAGCUGAUGGAAGGAAGGAGAGAGAAAAAAUGAGAAAAUUAGAGAGAAUUCUGUCUGUGUUUCAGUGUGUGCGUCUGCACACGCAUGUUUGUUUAUCUGUGUGUGUCUGUCAGAGUGGAUGAAUGUGUAUGUAUGUCUCUCUCUCAUCCUCUCAUCUAACUUGUCAGCAUUCAUGUGUUUGCCAAAUAAUGUCUCUGCCUGGCUACCUGCUUUUGUGUGGAUCAAAUGAAGCCAGAACCGCCCAAAUGACCAGCUGAGAGCGACAAGCAGCAGUCUCACUGCAGAAUUAGACAUUCAUCUACGUUCUCCAAAUGUCAAAUUUCGAAGUUGCUCCAAACAUCACAUUUCAAAGUUAAGGGUUAAGUUUAGGCGCUCAUUCCGAAUGGUUAAGGUAAGGGUUAA